AGAAGGGAUUUGUGUCUGUGCCGAAUAGGGACCCAAACGUAUAUCUGAACGCUCGCAGUUGCGAGAGGAGGCAUUUGAAAGGUCCUGGGGCUGGCGCUGGGCUCUGUCGGGAACGUUGAGGCCUUGCUCUGGAUCCAAUGGAAAGCAGCGUGGAUGAGGAGGCUCUGCACCAGCUGUACCUCUGGGUAGACAAUAUCCCUCUGUCCAGACCCAAGAGAAACCUCUCCCGGGACUUCAGUGACGGAGUCCUGGUUGCAGAGCUUAUCAAGUUUUACUUCCCCAAGAUGGUGGAGAUGCACAAUUAUGUCCCUGCCAACUCUCUCCAGCAGAAGCUCAGCAACUGGGGUCACCUGAACAGAAAGGUGCUGAACAAGCUGAACUUCUCGGUCCCUGACGAUGUGAUGCGGAAGAUUGCGCAGUGUUCUCCGGGAGUAGUGGAGCUAGUGCUCAUUCCACUGAGGCAGCGCCUGGAGGAGCGGCAGAGGCGCCAGAAGCUGGGUGUUGGCUCCUUACAGGAGCUGGCUCCUCAGGAUAGCAGUGGCUACAUGGAUAUGGGUUUGCCCCAGAAGGUUCGAGGAGAGGGUGCCCCAGCCUUGGGAGAGCAGCUCAGAGAGGGCCGUCCGUUGGCUUCCCGACCCCCUGGGUAUAACCAGGCGCUGCAGGGUGAUCCGAGCUUCGUCCUCCAGAUCGCUGAAAAGGAGCAGGAGCUGUUGGCCUCUCAAGAGACAGUACAGGUCCUUCAGAUGAAGGUGAAGCGUCUGGAACAUCUGCUCCAACUUAAGAACGUGCGCAUCGAUGAUCUCUCCCGGCGGCUCCAGCAGGCCGAGCGCAAGCAGCGGUGAGCGGUGCCAGGGCUGCGCCGGGCUUCCCAGUACCCGCCCGAGCCCAGACGCCGCGACCCACCCACUCACCUGCCGACGCAGGGUUGGGAGGGCGGAGCGAGCUGCUCACUAGUGCCUCCUGCAGCUACGGCGCUCGGCUGCGGAGGGUUCGAGCGAACGUGGGGUUGCUCAACGCCGAGGCCGGGGACUGAUCCUCCUCCUUACACUCCAUCUGGGCCAGGAAAAAGGAUCACUUUCCACAGCCCAGAAAGCCUGUACAUCGCAUGAUCUCCCAAACCACUUUGAAGCUCCCGGCGCUGGGCCUGGAGAGGCGGUCCUCUGUCUCGUUCCACUCCUCUAGAACCGGUUCCUUUCUCAGCAUAGAAGAUAGCUUCAUCUCUAUCCUUGCUAAAUCUCCAAGGCCUCCGACACUCGAGAAAUUAUCCCGGGAAGCUGAGGAAUUCUCUUGCCCAUCCUGAGUGCUGACCGGGGACCAGUUUUAGGGCUGGAAAUCACAGCAGCUGGAGAGGAAGGGAUAAGGUGUUGAAGUAGGCGGGAGUAAGGGAGGCACCCAGCUGUGCAGUCGCUCUCCUCUCACGGAGCAUUCUAAGGAGUGCCUGGGAAGAUAGGGCAGAGUUGUCUCCAUUAAAGGUGCUGUUGUGCGUUAUUUCCUGUGCCUGCCUUCUCUUUCUGCCUGUAUGGAUCCCCAAAGGCAGUGAGUUCCUGGCUUGUCCUUUAUCCCUUUCGCCCAGCUGUCCUCUUUUAGACCCUGUGGGCCUAUUAUUACAUUGAUGAUAAUGCCAGUGGGAAGAUUUUGUGACGUGUGACAGCCUGCUUCUAGCACUGGGUGACCCCUUCCUUGUCUGUCCGUCCCCACCCCUCAGUGUCCUCUAAUCUUGUUCAAACCCAAGCUACGAUUUUCACCAAUUGUGGCCACUCAUGUCCUCAACCUUGCCCAUGGACUCUCUUAAAUUAGCUUUCUGUAUGACUCUCAACCCUGUCCACACACUGGUCUCAAUUUAUGGAUGGUUGGCUACAUGUCACUUGACAGGCCUGGCAACUCCAUUCAUAGGCAUAUUACAUGGGAGAAACUCUUGUGCCCUGAGUUCUGGGAGAUACACUGUAACAAUCAUACAGAAUUGAAGUGAUGGGCUGGAGAGAUGGCUUAGCCGUUAAGAGCAUUUGCUGUUCUUACAGAGGACACAGGUUCCAUGCCCAGCACCCACAUGACAGCUCACAACUGUUGAUCACUCCAAUUCCAGGGUCUCCAACACCCUCCUCUACCUCCAUAAACUCCAGGACUGCAUGUGGUGCACAGAGAGAUAUAUGAGCUUAAAAUAACUCUAAAAACUUUAAAAAAAAAAGAAUUAAAAGGAACUUGUAUUUGGUUAUCUAUUACUGUGUACAAAUUACCAUCAAUGUAAAGGCUUAAAGCAACACAUG